AUGGAGAAGUCCUUAAUUUUUAACGACUAUGGGAGCCUCCUGUUCCCGGCUUAUGAGAACACCUAUUCGGACUGCGGUGAGUACCCUUGCUCCAGUCGGGAUUACCUCCGUGAAGGAAAAAGUGCCAUUGAAUACGCGACCUACGAUGCACCGGGGUCAAAUACGUCCGCUGCGGCUUGCCACUGGUUUGGAAGUAAAUACAGCAAUUAUGAGUCGCGACCACUGCCACCCAACCAAUCGCCAGAGUGCGCGAGUUGUGGGGCCACCGAUAUCGGCGGUCGCUUCUGGGUGUCACACAGUGUCCCUGGGGUGGCUCUCUGCGAGACCUGUCAAUUUCAGCAUCACCAACAGUCGCACCAUCAACACCACCAAAUUAUCUCUCAAAACAUUCAAUGGUGUGACUACACCUUCGCCAACAGUCUGGAGGAAUUAAAACAGCCGGAGGAAAAGGAUGUGGAAGAGGAGGACACUAAGGGAGUGGACUGCUGGACCUCACAACGAGGAGCAAGGGACACCUCGGAAUCCGCUUGUCCCGAUGUCUCCCCAUUCCUUCUCUGGCCAGUUUCUAACAAGCAACUGAAACAGGAUCUCAGCGCUUGGGAAUUGCUUGGGAUGUUGGCAUACUCCUGUCGUAAGCCAGAGAGGGUCACGGUGUGUGCCAACUGCCAGACCUCGGCAACCACCCUCUGGAGACGAAAUGUGGAGGGUGAACCUGUGUGCAACGCCUGUGGCCUCUACUUUAAAUUACACAAGGUUAAUCGUCCUCUUUCGAUGAAGAAGGAGGCUAUACAGAAACGGAAACGAGGAAAAAAGAGAUCCAACAGACAGGAAUCCUGCCGGCCAUUUCUGCAACAGCCCACGGAAAAACACCGAGUUGAGGGCUCAAGUAACUUCCGAGAGACGAAUGAAGCGUGCGACCGACAUAUCAACGACGACUACUUUCUUUUUGGACCCUUUCCUCCACGAUUAGCAGCCAGCGGCCCCACGAAAGCCGACGAGGAGCAGGGCAAAAUCGCUCACAGCUACAUGGACACGGCCUACUUCCUGCCCAAUUGA